AUGGAAUAUGGUGUGAAAGAAAAUAGGAUUGCCGCCUUGCACAAAGUGGGUAUGGAGUCGUCGAUUAUAUUCCAGACACUUCAAAAGCUUGGUAUCAGCCGUAUGUUCGUAUAUCGUACUAUCAACAGAUACAGCAACACUUUGUCUGUCGAAGACCAGAAAAGAUCGGGGCCGCCGCGUGUUGACUCUGCACCUGGCCACAAGGCACGAACUACCCAAGCCUGGCUUGAAACCAACGUUCCGGACUUUAUAAGAGUUGAAAACUGGCCCUCAUCCAGCCCAGACCCUUUAGACUUCAAAUUAUGGUCAGUUUUAGAGGACAUGGACAGACUAAGCGACAAGGCGACAUUGAGUCUCUUAAAAAUUUUUGGGGCAAGCAGUGGCGAAAUUUCCCUUGGAAACUAUGUAUCAUUAACCACUUCGAAAUUGCGCAAAAGCACUUCUCCGAAGCCAACAACAUUACAUAAAAGAAUAAACGUCGAUAGAAAUUAUUAUGAAUCAGCGAAUUCAAGUGGAUUAGAAGAAUUGUUGCAAUAUGUGGGGGCUAAGAACAAAAGGAAUAGUGAAACUUAUUCCAUUGUGGACUGGGAUUAUUGGUGUCGUCUCCAAGUAAGAAAAGGAAAUUGUCAAAAGGCAUUAGAAAGAUUUUAUUACGAUAUACAAACAGAUGAAUGCAAACCGUUUGUAUAUACCGGAUGCGGGGGUAAUAAAAAUAACUUUUACACAAGUGAUUUUUGUGAACGAAAUUGUAAAGGGGCUCUUGAUACAAAUAUCAAAGACCUUGAGCGACCAGAAUUUUGUUCUCUACAAGCACAGACUGGAUUCUGUUUGGCGCUUAUAUCUCAGUUUUAUUAUGACAUUAACGAGGAAACGUGUCUCAAGUUUAAUUACGGUGGCUGUGGUGGAAACCAAAAUCGAUUUUCUUCCAUGUCCGCAUGUAUGAAAACGUGCAGUGAUAAAGAAGAAGAAUCCGAGUAGCAUGUUAUGAAAGUAAAAUUCAAUAAAAAUACACGCAUAUUAUUCUUA